AUGAACAACAAUCUAACAACUAAUGCCGCUGGCUCCACAACACCCGGCUCGACGACCAGCAAUGUUGAAGAAAAUGUUUCAUUGCUUUCCGAGAUCUCCGAUAUUAUGCGUAGCUUUGGUGACAGUGAUCAACCGCGUAUGGAAAGUGUAAAGCUGGUGGAACAUAUCCUACAACAACAGCUGCGUGGAAUGUUCAACGAAGCCUCUUUGGUAGCAAUGAAACGUAAAAAUAAUCCAUGUCCCUCACAGGCCGAUUUUGAAUUCUUAAUGCGCAACCAUCCGGUGAAAAUUGCCCGAAUGCGUAAACAUUUAAAGGAUAUGAGAAUUCUUAAGAAAUUCCUAAGUAUACGUACCGGCAGGCCACAAGAUUUUAUGGAAGAUUUAGAUCAACAGGAUUCCGAUGAAGAACUGGGCAUUGAUGUUCCCGAAAUGUAUGAUGAAGAUCGAACUCGAAGACUUUUCCGGGCGGAUCGCAUAUCACAGAUAUUAAGUGGUCAGCAAUAUUUGGAAUUUAAUGAGGCACGCAAAACAUCAUUCUAUUGUCGUCAUGGUGAGAAAAUUAAAAAUAAAUUUCGUCGUUUCCUAGACCUGCCAGCGGAUUUGAGAAUACCCACUACCACAAUGAAUAUUUUGGCAUAUUUUGCCCAUGAAACAAUUGCGGUUAUUGUUGAUUAUGCCAUAUUGACGCGUUUAAAUUCAUCUAAUCGUAUUACAGAGCCAUUUAGUCGUGUCACUUCCACGGGGGCCUCACCAGCAAUGAUGCAUAUUUGUCCCGAGGUAACACAAGGUCGUGGUAUGGAAGUCGUCAAACCAAUAAGUGUACAGGAGAUUCAUGAGGGCAUUCGGCGUUUUCGUCAAAUGACCAGCAAAAAAGUGGGUUUCUAUCGAAGUACUUGCGAUACGGAUUUUCGACGUUCCUUUUUGGCAUUGUAAGGUGGUGUGGUCC